UUUGCGUCCCGGGUGUCGCGACGUGACUGCGUGCACGAAGACCACGUGGCGCCGCGGGCUUGCAGCCUGGCGUCCCUGCGCUCACCACUGGCCCCGGCGCCCCCUGGAGCCGCCGGCCCCUCCCCGGGCGAGCGAGGCCCCCGAGGACACGUGGCUGGGACCCAGCGCUUUAGGUUCUCGGAGGAAGCGGGCCUGGCAGCUGAGCGGGCGGUGCUGGAGGUCUGCAUCCCGCAGGUCUUGCAUCCCCAAUAUGGAAUGUAUGUUUGGCCCAGCGCUGUGGUCCUGGCCCAGUACCUAUGGUUUCACAGAGGAUCUCUGCAGGGCAAGGCUGUCUUAGAGAUUGGAGCCGGAGUGAGCCUCCCAGGAAUUAUUGCUGCAAAAUGUGGUGCAGAAGUAAUACUGUCAGACAGCUCAGAAUGGCCUCACUGUCUGGACAUCUGCAGGCAGAGCUGCCAAAUGAAUGACCUUCCACGAGUGCAUGUUGUAGGACUGACUUGGGGCCACGUAUCUCAGGACCUCCUGGCUCUUCCACCACAAGAUAUUAUUCUUGCGUCUGAUGUGUUUUUUGAGCCAGAAGAUUUUGAAGACAUUUUAACCACAGUAUACUUUUUGAUGCUAAGGAAUCCUAAGGUUCAACUGUGGUCUACUUACCAAGUCAGAAGUGCUGACUGGUCAGUCGAAGCUUUGCUCUAUAAGUGGGAUAUGAAAUGUGUCCAUAUUCCUUUGAAAUCUUUUGGUGCAGAUAAAGAUAUAGCAGAAUCUGCUCUUCCAGGAAACCAUACUAUUGAGAUGUUGGUUAUCUCUUUUGCAAAGGACAGCUUCGGAAUUACAUCUAAAGCUUAUUGAUGAUAUCUGUAUCAGCAACUUCCAAUUGGUAGACUUGGAAGAUGGUCUGCUGUUGGCCUUAGAUUGUGUGGGGGGCCUUUUAAUGGUCAUUACAUGGCUGCAAGCAAAAAAUAAAAUGCACCCAUAUUCCUAUCA